AUGCUGCCCCUCCUUGCCCUGUGUCUCCUGAUUGGGCCGUCAGUGUGCAGGACAGCAGGGGACAGAGAGGAACUGACACUCGGCAAAGAAGCAGAGUCCUGGGUGACCGUGAACCUGAAGGGAAUCCCUAUUGCCAGCAUUGAACUCCAGCUUCAGGAGACGAAGAGAAGCAGAACUCGUCAGUUCUAUGGCCUGAUGGGAAAGCGGGUGGAGGGGAUACGUCCGAUUCAGCCAAAGGAAAGAAUGGGGUAUCAGCUGGGACGAACAGUGCAGGACCUCCUUGGCCAGAGAGGUCUGUCCAUAGAAGGAACCUGCAGACAGGAGACACACCACCAGAGUGCAGAGCCUGAAGCAGUGGCCAGAGAUGGCCUCCAGAGUCAAAGAGGAAGGUCAGACUCUCUCAGUCACCAGCAACGUGUAGCAUUCUCCCUGGGCACAGAAGAGGAUGACCAGGGUUCAGAGUGA